AUGGCGGCACCUACGACACUCCCCGCUCUGCUAGAAUCAUUGACGCAGUCGCUGACCUCGACUCACGAAGCUACCCAAAAAGUCACUGAAUUGGAGAAGCCCAAAGACGGCAUCUCUCUCCUCGACGUCAAAAAUGAAUUGCUUCUCUCAUACCUCCAGAACCUCGUCUUCCUAAUUCUCCUCAAAAUCCGCAAUGCCAAGCAAGAAUCUUCAGAGGAACCCAGCGAAAUAGACGAAUCUGUCCGCUCUAAACUCGUCGAGCUGCGUCUGUACCUCGAGAAGGGAGCACGCCCACUUGAGGAGAAACUCCGAUUCUCCAUUGAACGUUUCCUUCGUACGGCCCAGGAUGCGCAAGCAAAGGAAUUCAAUAAGUCUGCAAAGGGCGAGAAGAACAGCGAUGAUUCGGAAUCAGCUUCGGACGAAGAAGAGUCCGAGGACUCUGAGGAUGACAGUGGGAAGGGGCAGGCCCAGGCCAAACCAGCGGGACGUUCUGCGGCACCCAACCUAGGCGCCAUGACGGACGAUGUGACCGCCCGUGCCUCGAGACGAGACAAAAAUGAACCCGCCGGCGUCUACCGACCACCCAAGCGAGAGCGCCAGGUCAUGGACAGCGCGAGUGGACGUCGUGAUAAGUCCGAGCGCCGCCCCGCCAAGUCACACACCAUGGACGAAUUCAUCGCCGACGAGCUGUCCACUGCACCGGUGGCUAUGCCCAGCAUUGGCACGACCAUUGUCCAGGGCGGUCGUAGGAUGAAGACGGCAGACGAGCGCAAGGAGGAGGCGGAGAGAACAUUAUACGAAGAAUCCAACUUCGUACGUCUGCCCGCCGAGAGUAAGAAGGACCGUGCAAAGAAGAAUAAGCAGCUUGGAAGAAGCAACCGUAUGCAAUUCGGUGGGGAGGAAUGGCACGAUUUGGGACAGGGCAUUGACCGGAUCGACCGAUUGACCCAACGCAAGGAAGGUGGAAGAGGAGCCAAUGUGCGCUCCAUGCUGGAAAAGAGCCGCAAGAGAGGCCUUGAUACAACAGACGGUCCCAGGGGCAGUGGGAUGGGUGAUCGUUUCCAGAAGCGGGUCAAGGUGCUUGAGUCGGGACGCAGAGACCGUGGAAAGAAUAGGUAG